AGUUAUUAGAGAUGUCAGACGAAGGACGAAGGUGACGUUUCUUGUUUUCAUUUUUUGUAUAAAAAUUUUUGAUCUUGUGGUGGUGAUCCGGUUUUAGUGAUCGUGGCUGAUUCUAGCUAAUAAUAAAUUAGUUUAUAAUGAAUAAAAUGUAUGCUUGGAUUGUGAGCUCGGUUUUUAUAUCGUUAUUAAUUACAGUAAAUUGUAUAUCGUUCAAUAUACAACCAAAUACACAAAAGUGUCUCAAAGAGGAACUGCAAGGCAACGUGCCAGUUGUUGGGGAGUUUGAAGUCUCAGAGCAGCCCGGACAAAAAAUAGAUUAUAUUGUAACAGAUUCCAAGGGCCAUAUUUUAGCUCAAAGGCAAGAUGUUUCCAAGGGAAAGUUCUCAUUUAACACAGAAACUUAUGAUAUGUAUGAAAUAUGUUUCAUUUCGCAUGUGCCACAACAUCAAAAAGGCAUAACUCAAUUAGUUACUGUCACUACAAAACAUGGAGUAGAAACCAAAAAUUAUGAAACACUUGGUGAAGCUGCAAAUUUGAAACCCAUGGAAAGAGAACUGAAACGACUCGAAGAUCUCUCAAAUUCAAUUGUACAAGAUUUUGCCUUCAUGAGAAAAAGAGAAGAAGAAAUGAGAGAUACCAACGAAUCAACAAACAACAGAGUAUUGUACUUUUCAAUAUUCUCAAUCUUUAUAUUAUUAGGUUUGGCCGUCUGGCAAGUUCUGUACCUGAGGAGGUACUUUAAAGCCAAAAAACUGAUAGAAUAAUAUCAAAAUUUAGUACCAACCAAUUAUUAUUUUUGGGAUCACUUUUUGGUUACCUAUCAAUUUUGUAAAAAUUCACUGGAUUAUUUUUUUCACUUUCGAAAUUUGCAAUAAAUUGUUUUUAACCAAAGCUUAUACAAAAUGUAACAUCAAUAAGCAGGUAUUUCGUUUUUUAGAUUGUAAAAAUCUUUAAAUAAAUUUCAUUAUUUUGUUAAUAA